AGAGAGAGAGAGAGAGAGAGAGUAAUAGAGAGAGAGAGAGAGAGAGAGAGAGAGACCCAUGGGAGGGGGUCUGUCUGUCGGUGAGGGGAGUUGCACAACAACGCAAACCAAUGUAACUUGUUGAAACUGUUUCAAGUGAGCAGGACACAUGAGUGACUCCUCUUAAGGAGUUGGUGGGUGUGAUGCUACAAUGGAGGCGCAGAACAACAACCAGCUCACCUUGGACAACCACAACAAUCUCUACAAGAUACCCGGUCAGGAGGAUCAGAAAAAUGUGCCAAGCUGCAAGUACUUCUGCACUCUGGCAAACUUCCGGAUUGAGAAGAAGAUUGGUCGGGGCCAGUUCAGUGAGGUCUACAAAGCCACGUACCUGCUGGAGGGACAGCUGGUUGCACUCAAGAAAGUCCAGAUCUUUGAGAUGAUGGAUGCUAAGGCCCGUCAGGACUGCAUCAAAGAGAUUGACCUACUAAAGCAACUAAAUCACCCAAAUGUGAUCAAAUACCUCGACUCCUUCAUUGAAGACAAUGAGCUCAACAUGGUUCUGGAGCUGGCGGAUGCUGGAGAUCUGUCACAGAUGAUAAAGUACUUCAAGAAGAAGAGGCGCCUCAUUCCAGAGAGGACUAUAUGGAAAUAUUUUGUGCAGCUCUGCAGCGCUCUGGAGCACAUGCAUUCACGCAGAGUAAUGCACCGCGAUAUAAAGCCAGCCAACGUGUUCAUAACAGCCACAGGGGAGGUGAAGCUGGGUGACCUGGGAUUAGGCCGCUUCUUCAGCUCUAAAACCACGGCAGCACACUCCUUAGUGGGGACACCUUACUACAUGUCACCAGAGAGGAUCCACGAGAACGGAUACAACUUUAAGUCUGAUAUCUGGUCCCUGGGAUGUCUUCUGUACGAGAUGGCAGCCCUGCAGAGUCCGUUUUACGGGGACAAGAUGAACCUCCUCUCCCUCUGCCAUAAGAUUGAGCAGUGCGACUACCCUCCCCUCCCAUCUGACCAUUACUCUGAGAAGCUGCGGGACCUGGUUAGCAUGUGCAUCAACCCAGAUCCAGACCAUCGGCCGGACAUCGUCUUCGUGCUGCAGAUCGCCAAACAGAUGCACAUGUGGACUUCCAGCACCUGAGCAUCAUUUCUGUCCGUCCGUCCGUCCCCCUCCGCUCAGUCUGAGGACCACUUUGUGUAAGCUCUGCCUGGCGUCUUCCUUACCCUCAUCUGGACAGGAAGGAAACCAUGGAAAGACUUCAGCUUAUUUUUCUGUGAUGGAGGAUGUGAAGAGGUGCAUCAGUGGUGGUGGAGCGCACGUGGAAAGCUGAGUUUAUGAAAGCACACUCGUUCACCUGAGAGGUGGCUGCAUUUAUGCCCUUUUCUUCAGCUAAGAUAGAGAGCCUUGUCUCGCCGUGCUCACUGAUUUCUCCAAAGCUUUUUUUUCUACGGCUCUAGAGGGGUUCCAUUCCAAGUUCACACCCUGUGUGUCAGGUAAAGGGAGCGCAGUAGAUAUUGGGGAUUUUAGUCUUUUUCAUCUAUCAUUGUAAUCAAAAAAUGUGUUUUGCAUCGUCAAUUUAAGUGCUUUGAGUGGUCAGAAGACUAAAAAAGCUCUAUAGAAGUACAGUCCAUUUAACAUGGAAUUGGAGUUUGAAAGAUAGGGAUGUUUAUAAGGCAGGCGAAGUCUAACAAACAAUGCUAUGCAUGCAAUGUUGCAUUAUGGGAAAUGUAGGAUCCAGUGCCUCUCUGGUAUCUCAGCGGUUGACUAUCCCUUUUUCUAAUCUGUUUCGCAAGUCCCCAUACAUUAUAGAAGUGCAGUUAAUCUCCGGAGUAACAUUUUAAGUCAUGAUCCCACCUCUGUUUAACGAGACAAUGAAGGGACACCUGUAGAUAACGGGCCAAAGAGAAGAAGCUUCCAGUUGUCCUGAGCGCUCUGUGUCUUGUUGUCCAGUCUCAGUGUGAAGUAACUGUCCUUGCUCCUGGAUUUACACUCAUAAACUGUGCCGAUCUCGACUUUGUUCUGUCCGCGCAUCAACCUGCUAAGUUUGGAAUUUGUAAUGAUUUUUAUGUUGUCUUAAUAAUUGUGAAUAUAAUCUUCAGUGUUAACAGAAGGAAAGAAGAACCACACAAACCAUCUUUUGUUUGAGUAAAGGACAACCUUGUGAUAAAAAAGAUUUAUUCAUCAUCAUUAUCCCUGGGGAAAAAACUGGGGAAAUGGCAGAGUAUUGAGUGCUGCAGUAACUUUUAUUGAAUCCAAAUCUAAACACACAAACACACAAGGAUGUACAAAGUUGAUAUGUGUAAACAUAGACCAUUGUUACUGUGAAACAAAGGAAUGAGAUACUGUGAACGUCAUUUUGAUGGAUAGUAUCAAACAAGAAAUAUCUUUUUAAAUAUGUCCUUUAGGGAUCCCGAUCCGACUCUUUCAGUCCUGAUGUGACACGACACGGGACUGUUUAUUAAUAAUCUGUACGCCUCACUGUGAGGGAGAGGCUGGGAUCGUUCUUUUAUGUGCGAGGUAACGCCAGGCUUCACUUAGACAUUGCUCUCCUAACUCUGUAAAACAAAAUGUAACAAAUAAAAUACAUUGAUAUAAAUUUAUUGAAUUGAUGUUGUUAAAAUCUCAAACUCCAACAGGAAUUAAAAUCCCACUGUAUAAUGUAUAAAGCAUAGAAACACAGAAUUGAACUGAAUAGAUCGGCCCCGUCGUCACUGGUACCCGAGUCAGUAUCAGUGCAAACCCUAAUGUCCUCCUGUACGGAGCAUAUCUAAUGAACAGCCUCAUCAUACUGAAUCACUCAUUAUUUUAUUCAUAAAUGACAACUUGUAUACUAUGCUAAUAUAAUAAAUAUAUCGCAUACCCAGGAUGGGGGAAAGUUUCCAGGUUGCAUCA